UACACAGUGUCUGCACCAUACCCAGCUGUUCACUGAGGGACUCAAGGGUGGGAGAAUGAGACGCUAAGUCUAAGAAAGAUGCGUUGCUAUGGCGCCCACUGCCGUGGGAGGCAGGAAUGGAGUAAAAGGCAUUGCCAAGAGACAGUCUGGCAAGAAGAACGGGGUCUCCCAGGCCGGCUGCCAGGACGCAGAGGGAGGGGAGUGGGGGCGGGGCGCCCCCCAGGACCCGCCGGGCGCUGCAGGGGAAAUAAAGAUUGCGGGGGGCGGGGCGCCGAGGGAGGGGCGGAAGUGACGUUGCGCGGGGCGGGUCCGGCCGCGCACAAUGGGCCAUGGAGUUCCCUUUCGAUGUGGACGCGCUGUUCCCGGAGCGGAUCACGGUGCUGGACCAGCACCUGCGGCCCCCGGCCCGUCGACCCGGAACCACAACGCCGGCCCGUGUUGAUCUGCAGCAGCAAAUUAUGACCAUUAUAGAUGAACUGGGCAAGGCUUCUGCUAAGGCCCAGCAUCUUCCUGCUCCCAUCACCAGUGCGUCAAGGAUGCAGAGUAACCGCCACGUUAUGUAUAUACUCAAAGAUACUUCAGCUCGACCGGCUGGAAAAGGAGCCAUUGUUGGCUUCCUUAAAGUUGGCUAUAAAAAACUCUUUGUACUGGAUGAUCGUGAGGCUCACAAUGAGGUAGAACCACUUUGCAUCUUGGACUUUUACAUCCAUGAGUCACUUCAACGCCACGGCCAUGGACGAGAACUCUUCCAGCAUAUGUUGCAGAAGGAGCGAGUUGAACCACACCAGCUGGCUAUUGAUCGACCCUCACAGAAGCUGCUGAAAUUCCUGAACAAACACUACAACCUGGAGACCACAGUCCCACAGGUGAACAACUUUGUGAUCUUUGAAGGCUUCUUUGCCCAUCAGCACCGGCCCCCUGCUACCUCUCUGAGGGCAACUCGGCGCUCUCGUGCUGCUGCGGUCGACCCUGUGCCCGCGGCUCCAGCACGGAAACUGCCGCCCAAGAGAGCAGAGGGAGACAUAAAGCCAUACUCCUCUAGUGACCGAGAAUUUCUGAAGGUGGCUGUGGAGCCGCCUUGGCCCCUAAACAGGGCCCCUCGCCGUGCGACACCUCCAGCCCACCCACCGCCCCGCUCCAGCAGCCUGGGAAACUCGCCAGAACGGGGUCCCCUCCGCCCCUUUGUGCCAGAGCAGGAGCUGCUGCGUUCCCUGCGCCUCUGCCCCCCCCACCCCACCGCCCGCCUUCUGCUCGCUACUGACCCGGGGGGCAGCCCAGCCCAGCGCCGCCGCACCAGCUCCCUUCCCCGCUCUGAUGAGAGUCGAUACUGACAGACAGCUCAUCCCACCCCAACCCUUACCCCCUCCCCACCCCGAGAGACCUGGCAGAGACCCCUCUUCCUGAGAACCCCCAACCUGAUCUCCCAUCACAGCCCCCAGGACCUAGGGGAACCUGACAGAGCCCAUGGCAUUCCCCCUUCCCUGUCUUGGACAACUGGGUUGUCAGGGUCCCAGCUGGCCUGAUACCUUCUAGCUUUUCACAGAAAGCACCCCUCCUCUCCUGACCUGGGCUCUCUACACUCUCCCACACACAGCCUGACCUGCCGCCAGCCUCUUCAUUGGGCGGCUCUACUAACUACCCAGAGAAGCACACUCUUGCUUGCUGUCAGAUUCUAGAACACCAUGGAAGGUCCAAGGGCCUCCUCUGCCAGGGAAACCUUUUAAAUUUAGAGUCUUGUCCAUGGAAUAAGUCCCAUAGUCUCUCUACACUGUCUGCUGGUAGCUCUAAUACUGCUUUGUGCUACCGACCACAGCCACCAUCUCCACCUGCUGACAGCCGCCAGUGAAUGAGCCCUGCUGAGAGCAGUCCAGUCAGGUAGGACAGGGACCUACCAACUCCCCAGAGGGAUCACUCAACAUUGCCAAACACUUAAUUUCCACAUGUUCUGUGUAUGUGUCAGGGGACCCCCAAGCUUAUGUCUGCUUUGGGCCUCUAAAGACUCGCCACACUUUUAACAGACACCACCACUUCCCCCAGAUCCAGGUUCUGUAAGGGAGUUUGCUUCUUGGCGUCAAUCCCAGCCAGCACCCCAGGGUCACUCUUGGCCGAGUUCCAGAAGCUAAGCCUGAGUCUCCAGGCUCUAUUAGCUUCUGGAACACCCUCUUGCAGCCAUCCCUCCCCGGAAGCUAGAUGCCGAUAGAUUCCUGUCUCGUGAGAUUGUCUUGAGAUGAGGCGGGGGAGCUCUUCCCCUAGCCUUCCUUCCUUCCUCCAUAGCAAGAGCCUUCCUCCCUGCUCCACACCCAGAGUGGACAACACCCUUCCCUCUCCCGACCCUCUGAAUGUGUGCUAGAUCAGGUACCCCUGCUGUGUUCCCCCAAAUCCUUGGGAGCAGGAUCUCCCUCUCUUCUGACUCACCCCUCCUUUUUCUUCUUCCUCUCAGUGUUGUCUGAAUAAAGUGUGAAUUCUUUUGUGUUUUUUAAAUGGACAUUUUCAAUGAAAAAACUUCAAAAAAAAAAAAAAACCCCAAACCUUUAAGGUCUCAGCCUCAUUUGUACGUCACCCCUUAUUUUCCACCCCUUAUUUUCCUGGGAUCUCAGGACCUCUGUCCCUCUCUCUUCCUCACCUCUCAGAUCUGCAGAUCUUCCAGCAAGGAGUCUCAGAGUCCCUUUUGCAGGAUCUGGUGUCUUCAUUGCUGGAUCUUCUGCAGAUUCUGUCUCUUCUACUGUAGUCACUGGAUCCCACUGUUGCAGGCAUCUACAUCUACUGCUCCAUCCUCUGCAGAAACCUCUAGCUCUCCCUGAUAACUCCUACCCUUUACCCAAGGCUAGCCCUUGCUGAGAUGUUAAGAUUUACCAAUGCCUCUGGAAUCCACUAAUUGCCUCCUGACAACAGUCCCCUAAUUGUUUCCUGGAUUCCUGUUCCCACUCUGAUUUCCUGGCCUCUCUCUCACUAAACCCUUGGAUCUCUUUCUCAAGAUAAUCCUUGUCCUCCUAAAUUCAUCCUUGUCACUCCCUGUUUCCCUCCGGCUGAGGUAUCUGAUAAUUAAGGUAACCAUGUUUUCCAAACCAAACAUCAGGGCACCUGGUCCAACAAAAUUUUUUUUGCCUAUAUUUGUAUCUGUUUUUAUGAUAUGAUUUAGAUCACAUUUAGCCUUACUUUUAACACAUUACCUCAAUCAGAAAUAAAAAAGCAGCAAAUCAGGACUGCUCCAGGAAAUCUUGGGGUAUAAAGUGAGCUCCCUUCCCUUCUUUGGGACACAACUUAGAUUAAAGCCCCAUAGGAAUGAUGACCACCCCUCCCUCUAUUCCUAUGCUGUUGCUUUUAUUCUUCUCCUCUUAAUUCCUCCGUACCCACCCAUAUUUCAUCCUGUGGCCCUCUUCCCCAUCAUCUCACAUUUCUUCUACAGGGGGACUCCCCCAGGGCUGGUAGCCCAAAGCUGCUGUUAUAGCCGCCAUGGGCAGGUGAAUUCCUCACCCCCCAAUACAGGUAAGUUACUCAUCUUCUUACCCUCAAAUCAAGGCCAUAUUCACAACCUCCUCCAGACUUCCCAUACACAUGCCUGGUAUUUCCACAGGCAGCCAAGAACUGAAGCAGGGGGAGCAGGAAACAGAGAAUAGGUGAGGUCUGAGCCCCUCCCCUACCAGCCUCCCACCGCCUCAGACUUCUUUCCCAACAUCACUCUCGGCUGCUUCCUCCUAAAUCUCACUCUGAAUUGAGUAUCAGUUCCUCCCACAAAGCCUUUGACCUAACAUCCUACAAGCCUCUUUCCCCCUAGGUUCAACUUCACUGCUUCCCUUUGGCGUUCUCUGAGGGGUUUCAAGUUGGGACAUAGCACUAAUGGUUCCAGCCUCAUACCCCAUCACAUGUCCUUUACACUAGACCGACAGACUUUGAAGAAGCUGUGAUAUUAAUUCUCACUGUGUACCCCGGUAACCCACUCUCUAUCUCCCUCCCCGCCUACUAGGUCUGCCAGUGAGGAGCAGGUCUUGUCACAGGAUGGGUCUGGGGAAGAACCCUUGCACACAGUUCCUCCACAGGCCCAGGCUCCACCAGCCCGGUCCUGGACAAUGGGUGGGGACAUGUUCAACGCCAGGUUCAUUCGAAACUUGCAGGAAAGUCGCAGUACCAGGCCUUGGUGACCACAGCUCCCUCUCACACCUUUAAAGUCAGUAUUAUUUCUCUCUCACACACAGGACGUAGCCAAAGCUUACCCUCACAGUGGAUAUAUCCAUCCUUUCAUUCAUUGGACAGGCGUUCUUAUCAGUGCCAAGUCAUUUGUAUCUUAUUUUUAACCACAGAAAUAAAGUAUUUAUUUUUAUCACAAGA